UGUUAUCACAGGCCGACAGGAAGAGAUGGGCACAUAACAGACUCAAACUUCCUUGUUUAUGUAAGUCGGCCACCACGUCCGGAUCAGAGCAGUACGACGGUUUAUUUAUUACGGUCUUUCAGUUGACGGUUACGACGUUUUGUCUAUGAUGUGGGGACGCCGCGCGUGACAAUGGAAGGUAGUAGUGAUGUCCCAGUACGCCCGCCUCGCCAAUCCUUGGGGGACCAGCUCUGGUACUGGGGUAAUAUUUCCAGGGAGGAAGUGAAAGACUUGAUGAGGGAUCGGUGUGACGGUUCAUUUCUCGUUCGAGAUUCCGCAAACAGCACGGGGAAUUACACUUUAACUCUUCGGAAGGGAGGGACCAACAAACUGAUGAAAAUCUACAGGACAUCCGCCGGAGGAUAUGGCCUCGUUAUGGGAGAGUCUUUCCCGACGGUAAUGUCUCUGGUGGAGUUUUACAGAGAAAAUUCACUGGAUCAUCUGAAUGCGUCAUUGGACAUUAGGUUGACCCAUCCAGUUAAUAGGAGUCUGUCCAACUCGUUUGAUGGCUUGACGCUGUCGGAUUUUGAAGCCAUACACGUGGAUUACAUGGACCAGAUGUACGAGUAUGAUGUUUUACUCGACCGACAUUCGGCCCAGUUAGACAUCCUCCAAACUAAACAACAGUGUCUGGCCGUUUACAAGGCAAGUACAGAGGUGUACCAGGAACAGCUCGACCUACUGCAAGAAUGUGUCCGCAAUGCACCGGUCGACGAUAUCACGAGACUACACACAAAUUACUCGGUGCUCAACGACAGGUUGUCAAGUAUGCGCGCGGAGAUGGGGAGUUUGGAACAGGACGUGAGACGGACAGGGGCAGUGGUCUGGUCAUACCAAGCCGACUUAGACGAGUUAAAACCAAUCGUCACCAAGUUACGGAACCGCCGGUCCAAAGCGGCGAAUGAUCUCAUGAAAAAUGACACAUCCGAUGAUCUCAAGGAAAAAAUCGCGGAAAUUAAAGCGAAUCCUCUCCUUAACAAACGUUCCUGGUACUUGGACGCGGACAGGGACGCAGCUGUCAAGGUUUUAGCCGACGCUGAGAGUGGUACCUUUCUGAUCCGACCGAAGAAGCCAAACCUCCGUAAAUGUUUGUCGAUAAAGUGCGACAAUGGUAUAAAACACUGCAUCAUUGAAGUCAACGAACAAGGACGGUGUGGAUUCGACGGCAGUUUCGAAUUCGAGAGUCUUGUUAAAUUCAUAACUUACUUCAAUAAGAACUCACUGCUACCGUACAACAAACAGACGAACACAUGUCUCGUUCGCCCUGCUCUUGUAAUCGAAGAGCCGUUUUAUGAUGUAGUAUGAAAUGUCCUCGCAAUUUUGCCUCCUCUACUGGUAUAUGCUCAUGUUAUGAUAAAUUCUAAGAUAAUUUGGAA